AUGUCCCCAUUCAAAUUGGUGUAUGGAAAAGUCGACCAUCUUCUUGUUGAGCUCUACCAAGCUUAUUGGGCUACCAAAAAGCUCAAUUUUUAUGCACAAUUAGCCGGAGAGCAAAGAUUAUUGGGGCUUAAUGAAAUGGAAGAGUAUAGGGAACAAGCAUAUGAAAAUGUAAAGCUUUGUAAGGAGAAGACUAAGAAGUGGUAUGAUCAAAUGUUUUUUCCAUGGCAUUUUCAUGUUGUUCAACAGGUGCUCCUCUACAACUCAAGACUAAGGCUCUUUCCGGGUAAACUCAAGUCAAGAUGGUCAGGACCCUUUGAAGUGCAUCACGUUUACCCUCAUGGAGUUGUUGAUAUCAAAAAUAUAGAUGAUGCGACCAUUUUGAAAGUCAACGGCCAGCAAUUGAAGGCUUACAAUAGAGCUCCACCAUUGUGUGAUAAGUCGGUGCUCCACCUGCAAGACACUUGA